AUGGCCCACUGGCCACAACACAACCUCCUGCGUCUGCCGGGCAAGCUCAGCUCCGUUCUCUCAGCCCACGUCUACGCCGGCUCCUCCCCUCUCUCCCCACUCACCCCGCUCAUCCUAUUCCUCAACCCCCUGCUCGGGGAUAGCAAGACCUGGCUCGAAGUCAUCCAUUCCUUCCGCUCCCUAUGCCCCGACGCUUGGAUGAUCCGCUAUGACCGGUAUGGGCAGGGCGAGUCCGGGCCCGACCCCGCCCAUCCUUCGGGGUACAACGACCCUGAGCAGGCGGUGCAGGAUCUUGCGGCGCUGUUGAGGGAUAUCGUAGGGAACGAGACGAAUGUGGAUCAGGAGGCGGAGGUGGAGCAUGAGGUGGAGGAUAUACCCCUCGUACUUGUUGGGAACGCGUUUGGAUGCGCGUUGGCCAGGCUCUAUGCAGGGAGGUAUAAGGGCGUCAGGGGAGUGCUGUUCCUCGACCAUUAUCUGACUGAUACGCUGCCUGUUGCGCUUUUACCGGCGUAUGAGGUCGGAGAGGAGGAAACGAUGACGAGGACCAGGGAGGGAAUGAGGAAACAUCUGAGUGAGGGAGUGGUCCUGGGGGGCAUGAGGAGGGAGGGGAUACCACGCAUGUUGCCCCGCGCUGAUGGCCCGCCGCUGCCGGAUUGGCCGUAUGUUACGGUGGGGAUGCACGAUCCACUCCCGUUUGCGGAAGAGGAGUGUCAGAGAUACAUCGGCAUGGACCCGUCCAUAACGCUGCGCUACGUCCAGCCGCACUGGGAAUCCUACCACCGAGCCCUGCUCAAGCUCACCCUGCCCGAGAAAGCCAGAGGCCCGAUAGUGGUGCUCGGGGCGGCGCACAACAUCCAGGCUGAAAGGCCGGAAUGGGUCGUUGGAGAGCUGAGGAAGAUGGUGGGGAGGAUCAUGAGGGUUGGGAUGGUUGAUGGGCACCCGAAUUGAGUACGAGCUUUGUAUGGGCCCGGGCGGGAUACUGCUGGGUCAGACGGGCUGGAGCAGGGAAAACGCAUGCUUUGUUAUAUUUUGUUGGCUUGAG